AUGACUCUCUUGAUCAAAAUUAGACGACUGGAUGGUAAGGAGAUGAUAGAACUUCUAUACUGUUGGGGAAGCAUAAAAACGCAAUAUGGUGGUUAUGGUGGGGGUGAUGGGGCGUAUGGUGGGGCAGCAGGCUAUGGUGCUGUUGGUGGUCGUGGGGGUGGUGUAUCGAGUGGGAUUGGUGUUUCGGGAGGAAGUGCAGUUGGUGUAGCUAGUGGUGAGCAAGGUGGUGGCGGCUAUAUGAGAAGUGGAUAUGGUGAUUCAAAUGAGAAUGCGGGGUUUUGGAGGUUUGAUGCUUGUUCGCAAAGUGGUGCUUAA